UGUCCCCCUUUCUUGAGCUGUUAUUCCCCUUUAGAAUUUCUUAUGACGACAAAAACUCGACAUCAUCAUGGAUUCCUUUGUGAUUGCAGCUUGUUGUUUAUUUGUUUGCAUCAACAUCAACCAAGCAUCAGGAAUACCCUGUUACAACUGCAGUACCAAACACGACCCUCGGUGUGGCGACCCUUUCUGGGGCGGAUCCGACUUUCUGGUAGAAUGUCCAUUUGCUUGUCUUAAAGUGAAGCGAUCCAGUAAAUUCAUCCAGACAUUGGACAGAUCCUGUUCAGAGACUGCAGUAGCUGGUCUCAUGGAAGGAAGUGGAAACAACAAACACUGCGUCACAGACUUGGUUCCUUUCAAAGGGGAGGUCACCCAGUGUCACUGUACUGCAAAGGGGUGUAACUCUGGACAUAGCAGUUACUCCAGUACCAUGUGGGGGGCUCUUUUUUAUCUUUUGAUUGUACUAUUGUUUUUUACAUAGUCUGUGAAAUUGUGAAUAAAUGAAUCUUUAGAAAAACCUUUGCUAAAGUAAUUUUGAAUGCUAAAAUCAAAUUUUAACAUGUGUUACAGUAUGUACUACCAGCAUCAGCUACAGUUACAGACAUAGAUCUUCUGCAGCUUAACUAUGAACAUGUCAGCUGGUUGGGGAUUUUUUUGUUUUUGAUUUUAGAGAGAAAUAUAGGUGCAAGUUUUUUCAUAAACAGAAUUCUUUGACACCACCAUAGCUCCUACAGACUUAUAGUCAAAAGGGGGUAAUAUCUUGAUGAAAAAGCUUCUCUCCUUUAAAUUACCUAGAUUAAAAAAAGAUAACUUUCAAUGAAAUAUUAAGUUUAUUUGACAUUUAUUCAAUAUGGCAUGGUAUUCAACACAAUUCAAAUUGCAUACAUAAAUGUAGCUAUAAUAAUUUUCUUAAUAGGAGAGUACACUUUGACUUAUGUAGAGUGUAUACAGUUUUCAUGAACAAAAUUUGUCAAUGCAAGUUAUGUUUUGCAUUCUAAUCAUAUGUUA